CAGCAGCAGGCAGCUGUCCAGCAAAGAGAUGGAAUAGAGGGGAGGCAUCACAGAAAGAAACAGUGUUUGGACAGACUUGAACGAAAACAUUUCCUUUUCUUUUACUAGUAGAAAGAAAUUCUCUAGCGCAGGAUCAUAAUCAAGGUAGUGAAGACAAUUCCUUUAGCCACAACAUCAGUUUCCUCCAAAAUAUGGAAAAUACACAGCAAGACAUUGCAUCUUUUUCUCAAGAAGGAGAAAUCCCACAAUCCCGUGAAAUAGAAUCUGAGGAAAUAUCUUCAUCAGUCAUCGAAAAAAGAAGGAAUUAUUUCAUCUUGGCCCUGAGAUGGCUGCAUCAGUGACUGAAAGACUGACUGCAUAAUUCAUUGAAACCAGAAAUGUGGGAGAAGAGAGCAGAAGUGUUACCGAUUUCAGUAAGAUGGAAAAAAAGAACUGUCCAGAUUAACCAGUCUACAUGGUGACUGUAGGAGAGGAAAGAAGAUAAAGAUAAGUCCAAAAGAAUGAAGAGACAUAACUGGACCUACAAUUAUCCAAUAGGACGAAGAUUCUUGCUCUUGUUUUUAAUGGUGUGGCUUUUCUUGCUGCUAAAACUUCUCAAAGUUGAGCAACUGCUACUCUCUCACAAAGACAUUUACUUGGUAGAGCCUCUUUUAAGCACCUCAUCAUAUGUGAAAAACAAAUACACCAAUUUUAAUGAAGAUGGCCAAUAUGAAAUUAACUGUUCUUCCAUAUACAACCAGGAACCUGUGGAAAUUGGGAAGACUUUAGAGAUAAAGCAAAAAGAAAUUAUUGAUUUAGAUGAUGAAGAUGUUGUAGCAAUGACUAGUGAUUGUCAAAUGUACCGCACAAUUAGAGGAUAUCACCUUAAGCCCAUUUCUCUAGAAGAGAAAACAUUUCCAUUAGCUUACUCUUUGGUUGUUCACAAAGAUGCCAUAAUGGUGGAAAGGCUGAUUCAUACGAUAUAUAGCAGCCAGAAUGUUUACUGUAUUCAUUUUGACCAAAAGUCAUCUAGCACUUUUAAGCAAGCUUUGGAGAAUCUCGCUAACUGUUUCUCCAAUGUUUUCAUUGCAUCCAAAUUGGAGGUGGUAGAGUAUGCCUAUAUCUCAAGGCUCCAAGCAGAUUUGAACUGCUUGUCUGAUUUACUUAAGUCUUCCAUUCCAUGGAAGUAUGUGAUCAAUUUGUGUGGCCAAGAUUUUCCUCUGAGGUCAAACUUUGAACUUGUUUCUGAAUUUAAGAGAUUAGAUGGAAGAAACAUGCUGGAGACAGUCAAACCAAGCACAGGGAAAAAGGAACGCUUUACCUAUCACUACGAACUCCAGAAAAUGCCUUAUGAAUAUACAAAGUUGCCUGUGAAAACCAACGUCUCUAAGGACCCACCACCGCACAAUAUUGAAGUGUUUGUAGGCAGUGCCUAUUUUGUUUUAUGCCGCGCUUUUGUAGAGUAUGUUCUUGAAAGUCCCAUUGCUCGAGAUUUUUUUGAAUGGUCAAAAGACACUUAUUCACCUGAUGAACAUUUCUGGGCAACCCUUAUUCGGGCCCCCGGAGCACCAGGACAGAUUUCACAGGAAGCUCAGGAUAUCACGGAUCUUCAGAGCAAAACACGUUUAGUAAAAUGGAACUACCUUGAGGACCAUCUCUAUCCUCCUUGUACUGGAAUACACCUUCGCAGCGUAUGCAUCUAUGGGGCUGCGGAGCUCAGGUGGCUUAUGAACUCUGGGCACUGGUUUGCCAAUAAGUUUGACUCAAAAGUAGAUCCAGUUUUAAUAAAAUGUUUGGCAGAAAAACUUGCAGAACAACAGAAGAACUGGGUUGAAUUGUCUUCUGAAAACUUCUUCAAACACAGAACCUCUACAAAUACCUCGUAACAAUAUAUUAUGUCCAUGAUUGGACUCUAAAAUAUUUUUUUUAAAGGAAAUGAUUGCUGAAAUGAGCCAUAUCAGACACUUCUGUAAGCUACUUUCUGGUCUAUUUUGGUGGAAUCUAAAUUUAUUUCUAUUGAUGCAGCUAGAAGCAAAGCUCUAAUAAGUUGUCCCUAAUUAGGAUCCUUGGAGCAAAGGUGGGAAUGAAACUUGGGAAUGAAAGACCAAAACAGUUCAAUUUAUGUUGGCUUAAUCCAGUGAUAUCCAGUCUUAUUGAAGGUAAUAUGUUCUUCUAAAUUUGAUUGCCUUUUGUCAGCUACAUUACCUUACUCCUUGAAAAGUCCAUGGAGUCCCUCUAUAUCUAUGGUUCUCAACCUGUAGGUCUCCAGGUGUUUUGGCCUUCAACUCCCAGAAAUCCUAACAGCUGGUAAACCGGCUUGGAUUUCUGGGAGUUGUAGGCCAAAACACAUGGGGACCCACAGGUUGAGAACCACUGCUCCAUAUUGUCAUGCUGAAAGCCAGUGUGGUCCAAUG